UUUCAUCGCUUCGGUCGUCGGAGUCUCGCUGUCUUCAUCAUCGUGGUCGUCGUGGUCUUGGACUUGCCCAAAAUCCGAAAGAAACACCCAAGCAGAAACGUGCCCAGUGUGUUCAGAAAACAAUUUGUUUGCCCAACCCACGAAGCUAAGGAGACCGCCAGGGUUAAUUGGAAUCUGAGAUAGCGACAAUGACAGCUAGGCAGAGCAGAGGAGACGAUUGCCCCCACUGUGUCCCAAGGGAGCUUCAUCAGUAUACCUAAGAAGAGGCAGAAAAUGCAUCGCAGAGAUUAGCUGAACAUUCUACAAGAUAUUACACACAGCCUCGCAGAAGAGCCAGACUAGAGCCAAGGAAGCGAGCAGCAGUCAGUGAAGGGAGGGAGAAGGGAAGGAGGGAAGCUAACGCUAAAAAUGCAAUCCCCAAGGAUCGCUCUGGUUGCUGGUCUAGUACUCAUUGCCUGCCUGCUCCCAAGCACUAGCGAAGGCUCCACAGAGCCCCAUGAGACUCUGAGAGCGGAAGCAUUGACAGGACAUCAGUAUUCCGGCGGGACAAACAUAACCGUCCUGCAUGAGGUGCACAGCGAUGGGGAGAUCCCAGUUGAUCCGCCUCUCACCCUAAACACCCACGAGGUGUUGCCCCUGAAACCGCUGAAGAAGAAGCCCUACCUACCCCUGGAGAAGAUUCUGCCCGCUCUCGAGUACGUAAAGCCGCAUCCCCUCAAGGAGUACGAGCUGCAUCCGGUUACGUUCGAUUUCAAUCUGGGCGAUCUCGAGGAUCUGGAGCACGAGGUCAUUAAGAAGGGUGACCUCACCAUCCAGGAGCAGCAUGUCCUAGGCUCGGAAACGGUCACUGGCACCGAACUCAGUUAUAGUCCCGAUCCUAAUCCCGACGAAAACGACAACGUCGAUGUGGACAUUGCCGAGCCCCGGUCCACAGAGCCCACAACAGCCACAUUGCUAGCCACCACGACGCCAGGCUCAGCCUCAGCCUCAACCUCAGACUCCUCCUCACCCACUCCCAGCACCCACAUACUCAAGAUCCUGAGGAACAAGUCACCGCCGGCCGCCAAAAUUGGACGGGAUCUGCUCAAGCAGAGCGACGAUGAAACGCAGCUGAAGACCCUGGGGAGCACCAUCAACAGCAUCAGUCGGUAUCUAGGGAGCAACGCCUCAGCCGCGGGAAUCAACAGCAGCAUGGCCGAGAGCAUGUACGGCUCGCCCAAUUACUUCCAGAUCGUGGCCAAUCUGUACGAUCACUUCUACUGGCAGAUCUCGGAGAUCCGCACCAGUGUGCGCACAGGCUGUGGCCUGGAGAUGCAGGCCUACCUCACAGCACUCCACUCCAGCUACGAGUGGGCCCAGAAAGCCUACGACUCCUCGGGUCGCUAUCGGGGUCAGCUGCUUUUCGGGAACGACAAGUGGCUGGGGCAGCUCUCCUUCUGCUAUGAGCUGAACCGCCAGAGCACCAGUGGAGAACGCAAGCACAUCGACCUGGAGUUUUAUGUGGCGGAUGUGGCCCUGCAUCUGCCGAGACUGAAUCGAUCGAUGCUGCUGAGUCUGGGCGAGUGCCUGCCCAAGUCGUGCUCGGCCCAUGAUGUGCAGUCCAUACUCUCGUUGGAUCCCUAUGCCCGCAUGCUAAUCGUUCUGGGGGCCCACAACGCCUCGCUGCAGCAGCCUCCACUGCAAGUGCUGCACGUGCGCACCGUGCCAGGGGUCUACAGCCACUGGCGACAACUCAAGUUCCAGGUCUUCAUUAGCUUUAUGCUCACCCUCCUGCUGGUCGUUCUUGUGGCCUCCUACUACCAAAUGCGGAUCGAUGAGCGGCGCCUAGUGGCUGCCCCCAUAGCCGCCAUCAGUGGCAAGUGCGACGGAUCAUCAGGCAAGAGUGGGAACGAUUAUGCGGUUGGCUUCUAUGGCAAGCCCUUCGAGCUCUUCCAGAUGCGACCGCUGGGUGGCAACGGCAAUGGCACUGCCAAUGGCAAUGGAAAUGGAAAUGCCCCUGACAGCCUCGAUACGGAUGUCAACGGGAAUAGGCAGCGCUCGGGAGACUCCACUGAGGUCGCAGAUGGCUUGACUGCAGGGGCUGGUGAGACAGGAAGCAACCAAAUGCAGGCCACCUCAGCCUCUGCCUCCGUGGCGAGCAAGUCGGAGAUGACAGACUACCAAGUGGAGACGGGAAGCUGUACCGGGGCGGCUGGUACAUACGAGGCGGAGCAGCCCAUCGCUUUCCACCAGCAGGUCCUUCUGUGCUUCGCCCUGCAGACAAAUGCCAAGGCCAUACUGAACAUUGACAAGACAAAAGAGACACACACCUCCUGCCUGCACGGACUGCGCGUCUUCUCCGUGCUGUGGACGAUGAUGGUGCACACAUAUCUACAGAUGUUUGCCAUAGGCGAGAAUAAGUUUGAACGCGUGAUCACGGAACGCUCGGUGUGGUAUCAGGUGAUUGGGAAUGCCACCUUCUCGGUGGACUCGUUCUUCUUCAUCAGCGGCCUACUGGUCACACUUCUCUACCUCAAGCAGGAGCGCAAGCAUCCCUCGGAGCCGUGCCUCUUUGUACGACGCAGCUGCACGGAAAGUCUGAUGAUGCUGCUCUACCGCUAUCUGCGUCUCACGCCCGUCUAUCUCUUCGUGGUCAUCUUUAAUGACUUUGCCGUCAGGCAAGGCCUGGACUCGUCCGUGUUCCAACCGGCCAAGAUCGAACAUAAUACAUGCCGCAUCUACUGGUGGCGCAACAUCCUAUACAUCAACAACUUCUUUCCACAGCGCGAGAUGUGCAUGAUGUGGAGCUGGUAUAUGGCCAACGAGAUGCAGUUCUAUGUGAUGGCUGCCCUGCUUCUGGCUUUCUCCAGAAAAUACUUCAAGGCAGUGGCUUUGACGUUGAUCGUCUUUCUGCUCAGCUCCUGGAGCGUCUCGGGCAUUGUCUCCCUGCAGCAUCAGUACACCCACAAAGUGGCGCUUCCCUUCGAGUCCUUUGACUUUCUAUACGACAAGCCCUGGCAACGUGUUGGAUCCUACAUUGUGGGCAUGUUCACCGGCUACGUCCUGUAUAAAGUGAAGACGCCACCGCAGGUCUCGAGACGCCUCAACGCAGCCCUUUGGUCGGCCAGUCUGGCGACGCUCUCAAUUGUCAUCUUUGGCGUAUGGGAGGGACAGCUGAGUACCGGGAGCACCGCCUUCUAUGUGGGCGUCGGACACACGGCCUUCGGCUGCGGAAUGGUCUGGAUCGUGCUCUCCAGCUGCUGGGGCCUGGCGCCCACCGUGAAUGCGAUUCUCUCCUAUCGUGUACUGUGGCCCCUAUCACGCCUCACAUACUGCGCAUACCUAAUCCAUCCAAUCAUAAUGUUCAUCUGCUCGUCACACAUGAGCGGCACUGUUCACCUGAGCAAUUUGCUUAUCCUCACCCUCUUCCUGGGCAAUGCCGUCGUCUCCUUUGGCUCUGCGUUUGUGAUUUCGGCCCUGUUCGAGGCGCCUGUCAUUCGCAUCCUCAAGAUAUGCUUCAAGAAGUGAUCGGCUAUCGCUGAUCGGUGAUCGGUGAUCGGUGAUCGGUAAUCGGUAAUCGGUAAUUGCUGAUAACUGAUAUAAUCGAUGCGAUCUGUAAUCUGAUUGUUGAUGAUGAUUUUCUAGCCCAGGGUAGCUCGUUUCGUUAAUUGUUGAUGGAGCUUACCCCGAUUCCAGUCUAGUUGGUUGUUCAAUAUUUUAUUAUAUUUUUUUUUUUUUGUGUGCUAAAACCUCUUAGAAAUAUGCACACACCGAUGUCAGCUAAUUUGUAUACUAUAUCAAAUAAUAUUUAGGUAUAUGCUAUAUACGUACAAACUCACUUUUCAGUUUACUGCUGUUUUAAGAGCUUUUCCAUCGCAAUUUUCAAAAGACAAAUAAUUUUAUCCGAUGAAUGGAUCAAGUUUCUAUAAGAUUGGCUAAUUUUUAUAAGCGUUACUUUGUUGCAUUAUUUUGUAAAAUUUUUUUGAAACGAAAACAUGUCUAAAAAUAAGCGAACAAAAGUAUUGGAACAUAAUUUUCCAAAAUGCUCAUGCCCUCCACCACAAGACUCCGACAAGAAUUUUCACUGGCGGAAACAGAGAUUAUUUUGAAUCGAUAAAAGAUAAUAUAUCGAUUAAUACCAGAUUGCUGUUUCGCUGAACAGAAAGAAAAAAGUAUGGAAGUAAACAAGCUUUCUUUAUUGAAAAAUUUGAAUCUUUAACGGAAACAAUUUGGAAAUAAAACAAAAUAUGGUAGGGGUAAACGUAGUGCGUGUACUCCUGGUCACAGGUUAUUUUUUUGGCAGCGAAAAAGUGUCUUGGCUUGGCACUAGGGAUUUGAAGCUAUAAUAAUACAAUACAAUAAUAAUAGCCACCAAUGUAAAUGUGCGUAAUACUUUUGGCG